GGGCGGAAGGGGCGGGGCGCGCGGCCGAGGGGAGCGGGGUCGAUGGCGGCGCUGGGGGCCCGGCCGAGCCGCUCGCUCUGAGGGACCCGGAUAGACUAUAUCCCACAAUGGAUGGGGGAGAUGGCACUGCCGACCUGGUGAUCAACAAGAGGUUCGUGUCCGAGUCGGAGCUCGAGGAGCGACGGAAGAGGAGGCAAGAGGAAUGGGAGAAGGUCCGGAAACCUGAGGAUCCAAAAGAGUGCCCAGAGGAGGCCUACGACCCACGCUCGCUGUACGAGAGGCUCCAGGAGCAGAGGGAAAAGAAGCAGCAGGAGUUUGAGGAGCAAUUCAAAUUCAAAAAUAUGGUAAGAGGCUUAGAUGAAGACGAGACGCAUUUCCUCGACGAGGUUUCUCGGCAGCAGGAGCUGCUGGAAAAGCAGCGAAGGGAAGAGGAGCUGAAGGAACUUAACGAGUACAGAAGCACUCUCACCAAAGUGGGAGUCAGUAUGGACCCAAAGAAGGAAACUGAGAAGAAAUUGCCCGUGAAGUCAGUGGAAAACAAGAACAAAUUCUCUCAGGCAAAGCUGUUGGCAGGAGCUGUGAAACACAGAAGUUCAGAUGGCGGUAACAGUGUGAAGAGGUUGAAAUUAGACACUGAUCAUGAUGAAAAGAAUCAAGAAAAGCCCUCCUGUGUCCCCCUGGGGAGCAGCUCCGUGGGAGGCUCCACGGUGCACUGUCCCUCCGCAGCCGUGUGCAUCGGGAUCCUGCCGGGCCUGGGCGCCUACUCGGGAAGCAGCGAUUCCGAGUCCAGCUCGGACAGCGAGGGCACCAUUAAUUCCACUGGCAAGAUUGUCUCUUCUGUCUUUCGUGGCAACAGUUUCUUUGAUGGUCCAUAACAAAAUCCCCCUCCGUGUGUAUAAUGUAGUGCGAGAGUAUCUUCCAAAGCCCCGGUGGAUGCUUGUGGCAUCCCUCUGCCCCGAAUAUAAUCUUUCUAGCUAACCUCUAAACCUUAAGACACUCAGAUACUCCUAAAAUAACUCAUUAUAUCUUUCCCCGCCCCACACACACUCCCAACUUUCCAUUUCUGGGGUGCAUACUGAGCCUUGAGGAAAAGCUGCCAUCCUGAAGCAGAAGGCACACCUCGUGUCACGAAGGUCUGAGGGUAAGGAGGAGAGAGCUUUAUCUUUUACAAUUCUUACGGAAAGAAUUAUGUUGAUUUAAGAAGUUUAUACAAGACUAACAAGCAAAAAUACUCACUUGAAGCGGCGAAGUCUUGUAGAAACAGCCAUGUGUUCUGUUUUAAAAUGUCAUUUUUAUUCUGCAUUUGAGAAAUGGGGGCAGAACCAAAUUUGAGCAGAUGGUGAAGUGUAGAUUGCCAUGACACUGUAAAGAAGUUUUAGUGUUACAUGAUUAAAGACAUUCUGAAUGCA